CUUGGAACUGCCAUGGGCGAAGCUUGGACACGCCACCAGCUAACCUUGGAACUGCCACCAACGAAGCUUGGAUGUGCCAGCUUGCGCAACGGGAGUCCCCUUCGCUCCUCUCCAUCCUAGUGGCUGCUUGAUUCAGCCAUUGCCCUGCUUUGGUUCCUUCGACAGGCACAUCUCACUUCUCCAUACCCCUCCCUCGCUCUACUCCUCGCCUCCCCGGGAGGAACUAACUUACACAUUAACCCAAAUACGGUGCAGAUCGGUUCUUUGCCAUCUCGUCUCUCGACCGAUCGAUGCGGGGGUCUCCCAUUACCGUACCCUUGCCUCACCCUUGUGUGGUCCACGUGCCGAGAGCUCAUUCUCACGGCGAAAUUCCCUCCUCCCGACUUUUUUUUUCUCAUGAAAGUAGCCGCCUCGAUAACCGCCGUUGCGAGCUCUACCUGCGGCGAGCUCCAUGCAUACACGUACACUUACGUCAGGGCCGAUGGCCACCGUCGAAUCUGGAUCUCCAUCAGAUACCAGAGCUCCAUAGAGUGAUCCACGCUUCGGCGACGGAGAGCAUUCAGAGCUGAUAGAGACGACGACCGUGCCGCUCGUCCGCACUUUAUACAAGGGUGGAAACUUCUUUACUUACCGUGUUUUCUACUCCGCGCGCAGAGAUCUCGACCUUCACUGUCUUGUCACGCUCGGCCUUCAUCCAUGGCGUCUCUUAGCAGCGUUCCGCGGCCAAUCACCCUUCGCGACAUGCCGUCAUCAUUCGAGUUCGACUACCCCAUCAGAAGGAGUGCUUCCGAACCUCGCCCCCGCAGCCCCUUGCCGCAGCAGCCAGCUCGUCGUCAUAUCAGACGAGUCAUCCGAGCCUGCGCGGCUGCCAGAAGCGUCGACGAGUCGGGGUCGGAGUCGUCCGCCGCGGCUCUCAAACUGCUCCGCGCCAGGCGCACGCGCCACACCCAGCUCUCCUGUGACACCUCCUCUAACCUCUGCAGUGACACCCAGUGUAACGUCUCCUGUAACGUCCCCCGCCCCCCUAUCCAGCCCGCUGAGCGCGAGGAAUCCGGCACCGUCUCCCCGCCGCGCGCUUUCCGUCGCCGAGUGCGAGGCCGCGCUUCUAUCGCCUCCGCCGCCUUCGAACCCCCGUGCAGUGAAGCCCUCGUCCCCGUUCCAUCAUCGGCGGCGGCAUUCCGUGUCGGGAGAAUCGCUGUCGCGCGUCGAGGUACUGGGCUCGACGAGUCCGCAGGUGUUGACCGGGCCCCCGCUCCAGCAGGCCAUCUUGUGCCAGCGCCGUUGGCGGUGCCUCUCCUGACAGCAAGCACGGCGUGGGUCCUGCUUCGCGCGUUUUUGCGAGGGCUAAUGAUGUGACCGUUACAAGGUCGGCCCAAGCCAGGCUGGCCGCCUCCGGCAAGCCGGUCUCGGGAGCAUCGCAGGCAGGUUGCAUAGAUGAUGAUGUGGCUGUCUUAUCCACAACGGGACGGUCUAUCCAUCGGCCACAAGCGAGUAGGUGCACACCAUUGUUGGUGGGAGGACGGAGAGCCGUUAACGGGCGACAGAUUAGAAGCAGCACAACGGUCAGCAACAGCAGCAGCAGCAGCAGCAGCAGCAGCAGCAGCAACACUGCCUCUCCAAAGCCCCCAAAGCAGAGCAGCAGCAGCCUUCCCCCUGCCUCCCCUCACCCCCCGACACCAACUAGCAGCCUGCCCGCCUCUCCUCAACCCCCAACGCUGUGCAGCAGCCUCCCUGCCUCUCCUCACCCCCCGAUGCCGACAAGCAGCAGCCCGGCUGCUCCUCAUCCGCCAAGCCUGAGCUGCAGCAACAACAGCUGCUUUCUUGCCUCUCUUCAAUCUUCAAGGCCAUGCCACACCCAUGCCCUGACUCAACCCCCUACUAGCUGCAGCAUUGUUUUCACCGGAGCUAGCCAACGAAUGGUCACAGGGAAGCCUGCCAAGCCAAGCCUGAUUCCACCCCCUAACCCCAAAUCGGCUUCACCCAGCAGGAUCCCAAAGCGUGUCAACUUCUGCAAAUAUGUUGAGGUGCUAGAUUAUGUCCCCUAUGCCUUGUAAUUUCUGCGAAAUCCAUGCCCACGUGACAAUUGUCACUGUGUCUAAGGUGGGGAAAGUUCACUAAUCGUGAUAAUG